AUGAUGACGAUGAUAAUUAAGUUUUGCUUCUUCGCCAUGGCUCUCCUCUCCAUUACCCCUGCAAAUGCUCAGACAGAAGUACUGUUUGGAUACAGAGGAAAGAAUGGACCAAAUCAAUGGGGACACUUGAACCCUCACUUCAGUCAAUGUGCGGUCGGUAAAUUGCAAUCUCCAAUCGAUAUCCAAAGGAGAGACACCUUUUACAACCAGAAGUUGGAGUCGCUACACCGCAAUUACCACCCCACAAACGCAACGCUAGUAAACCACGUCUGCAACGUCGCGAUGUCCUUUGGGAAAGGAGCAGGAGAUGUGGUGAUAGACAAUAAGAACUAUACCUUACAACAUAUGCAUUGGCACACUCCUUCUGAACAUCAUCUCCAUGGAGUCCAAUAUGCAGCUGAGCUUCACAUGGUACACAAAGCAGAAGAUGGAAGCUUUGCUGUGGUAGCAACCCUCUUCCAAAUCGGCACUGAGGAGCCUUUCCUCUCUCAGAUGAAGGAGAAAUUAGUGAAGCUAAAGGAAGAGAGAUUCAAAGGGAACCACGCCGCACAAGUGGAAGUAGGAGAAAUAAACACAAGACAUAUCGAACAUGAGACCCGAAAGUACUUCAGAUACGUUGGUUCACUCACUACUCCUCCUUGCUCCGAGAACGUCACUUGGACCAUCCUUGGCAAGGUGAAGUCAAUGUCAAAGGAACAAAUAGAACUACUCAGAUCUCCAUUGGACAUUUCUUACCAGCACAAUUCAAGACCUUGUCAACCUCUCAAUGGCCGGAGAGUUGAGAUGUUCCACGAGCUUCCUACCGAGUAA